UUGAAGAGACAAUGUGCACUUUUCAAAAAAAAAUUAAGGCAAAUGCUCGUCUAUCAAUAUUAGUAGCGGCACUACUUUUCAUCAAUUUGGGGACAAACAUUAGUCGUUUCAUCACUGCUGAUGGCACGAAGAAGAAGAGUUAGCAAAAGGGUUUGCGCCAUUCGUCGUGUUCGUGCUUCUGAUGGAAGUGCCUUUUUCAAAUGUGAAACAUGUGGGAUGUCUGUUGCUAUUGCCUUGGCUGAUAUGCAUUAUUGUGACUCCAACAAGAUUCAAUUCAAAAGGUUGCUCGGAAUCGUUCCCAAGCGAACUCGCCCAAACAUUCAACAUUUGAUGAAGAGCCAACCCAUUUCGCCGUAUCGCCUUUUUAUGGAAAGCUUCAUGAAGGGUCAAGACAUGGAAAAUUAUAAUAUUGAACUUGAUAGGAUAGGGUUUGAAAAGUGGAAAAAUAUGUCAAAGGAGGAGAAGCAACCCUUUGUUUCUCAUGCUAGAGAAUUGGACAAUAAGCACCAAGAAGCUUUGAAACACGAUGCUAUUGGGAUCAUUAAGAUAAAGUAUGGAGCAGAUUCACCACUGGUUGAGACUCUUUAUAAGACCCAAAUGAUCUUUAGGGAAUCUUCAGCGGAUCACUCAAAAGAAUAAUCUUCCGUUUAAGUAUGACUUGUUAUUUAAUGACGGAAUCAUGAAGCAUGAUAAUAGAGGAUGUUGAUUAGAUCGGUUCAUAUUUUUUGGUGGUGUCAACAUCUUUUAUUUUUGUACUUCCAAUGUGAAUUUUGCAUUUUAUAUAGAAUGCAAACAUUUGAUCGAAAUGGGUGUAAUGUUACUUGACGAAAAGGUGAGAACAAGAGAGGACCUUUAGAAUUGAUAUAGUCUUGGCUUAACUUUGAAUCUAUGAUGGGUGAAAUUUGAGAAUAGAAAUAUUUUCAGAAUCUUUGAGAUUCUCUUCAAAGCAUUUUGACUUGCCUUGAUA